AUUUGCCGAAAUGAUCCAAUACCUCUGGAUCCUCUUACCAAAUUUUCAAAAUGAGAUUAAAGUCCCAAUAUUGCCAAUCAAAGCAUACCCCGAUCAAUACUUUCAUUUUCAUCGAGUCCAAAGGAGAACCUGGGCCCUCUGUCUCCCCCAAUUUCCCCUGUAAUCACUUCUCUACAACAAUGGCGGACAACGCAUCAAACAAAAGGCCGAAGGCGAUAACCGGCGGAGGAACUGCGUCGGAAAUCUCACCGGCGGCAGAAUUAAUCUCCAGCAACGCCGAUCUCCUCACAGAAAUCUUCCUGCGUUUGCCCGCGAAAUCCCUGCUCCGAUUCAAGUCCGUGUCCAAGCACUGGCUCUCUCUCAUCACCCACUCCCAAUUCUCCACCAGCCACUCCAUCCGAAACCCUAGGCCCUCAAUCUCAGGCUUGUAUUUCUACACACAAGGCCGCCUAGAGUCCGUCUCCUUUCACGGCCGCCAGAAUCUCCCGUCCCUCGCCAUCGCAGUAAAUGGCUCCAAACCUAGGAUUCUACACUCCUGCAACGGCUUACUUUUAUGCAAGGCCGGUUCUCGGAGCGAAUCGAUAUACAUUGUUUGCAAUCUGACCACGCAGAAAUACAAACUAGUUCCUAAGCCUACCGGACUUUCAUAUCGAUUAUACGUUCGCCGUGGCGCUUACUUGGCUUUUGACCCGUCAAAAUCACCUCACUACAAAGUCGUCUUGGGUAGUCGCUACAGCGCUAGUAAACACGAGCCUUGGUGUUUUGAAAUCGAUAUGUACGAUUCGGAGACUGGGAAUUGGAAAAAGAUUCUUCCACCGAGUACGUGUUGUGGUCGUGGUGUCUUUUGGAACGGAGCAAUUCAUUGGUUGAGUUAUAAGAAAGUCCUCUUGAGAUUUGAAGUUGAUGCAGAGAUGAUGGUUGCAUUGCCACUCCCUCGAAGAAGUCCGAGAAUUCUUCCUCAGAAUUGUGUCAAAUAUUUUGGAGAAUGUGGUGGCGGUUUGAUUCUUAUUCAGACCCGUUCAUUGAAAGACACAAGAUUUGCAAUCCUUGAGUGGGGAAGUGACCCUAGCCGUUGGAUUGUGAAGUACUUGGUCAAUCGUAGAACCAUAGCAUCUGUAUUUCCUGCGAUGAAAUUCUUUGAAAUUUAUGUUUUGUGUGUUGUGAAGGGCGAGGACAAAGAAGAUUACAAACUGGUGUUGUCCAUUCAGGAAAAAGCGAUUUCCUAUAAUUUGAAGUGCAAUACAUUCGAUGUGCUUCGUGAUCUGGUGCCAGGUGCAUUACUCGAUCACAAUGAGAAUUGUUAUUCUUAUCCCUUUGCUGAAACUCUAUCUCCUGUUUGAACAGAUGUUACAUGCGGGAGCGGAUGUGCUUUUUUUAGAACUUUUCAACUAAUCAACUUCCUAUAGUUGAAAAGUUGAACAUUUUGCUAGCAGUAGCAAUAGGUGUUACUAUGAAGCACUUGAAAGUUUAACUUCUUUUGUUAUCCCAAGUAAUCUAUAGUUUCUAAGACUAUUAUGCUUAGGGCUUUGGUUGUGUUCUUCAUCUAGUUCUUUCUCAGUGUUCUUCGCAAACAUGAUUUGAAACGAAGGCGACGAUAGCAUUUUGCUAGCAA